UCGCUAUUUAAACUCCCCUCCUUGCAUUUGGGGAAUCGCACUUGCUUCCUCUCCAUCGUUCUCUCUCCGUGAAAACAUUCGGUUGAUUGUUUCUUCGUGAUUCGGCAAUGGCGGAAGCUGAAACGUUUGCCUUCCAGGCGGAGAUCAACCAGUUGCUGAGUCUCAUCAUCAAUACCUUCUACAGCAACAAGGAGAUUUUCCUCCGUGAACUCAUCAGCAACUCUUCCGAUGCCUUGGACAAGAUCAGAUUCGAAAGCUUGACAGACAAAAGCAAGCUCGAUGGUCAGCCGGAGCUUUUCAUCCGCAUUGUUCCCGACAAGACCAACAACACACUGACCAUUAUCGACAGUGGUGUUGGCAUGACAAAAGCUGAUCUCGUGAACAAUCUCGGGACCAUUGCGAGAUCGGGUACUAAAGAGUUCAUGGAAGCUCUGGCUGCCGGUGCCGACGUGAGCAUGAUUGGACAAUUCGGUGUGGGUUUCUAUUCGGCUUACUUGGUUGCCGACAAGGUCGUUGUUACCACAAAGCACAACGACGACGAGCAGUACGUGUGGGAAUCCCAAGCUGGUGGAUCAUUCACUGUGACAAGAGAUACCUCGGGUGAGAACCUCGGAAGGGGUACAAAGAUGACUCUCUUCCUCAAAGAAGAUCAGCUUGAGUACCUCGAGGAGCGCCGUCUCAAGGAUUUGAUCAAGAAGCACUCCGAAUUCAUCAGCUACCCGAUCUCUCUGUGGGUUGAGAAGACCAUCGAGAAGGAAAUCUCUGACGACGAGGAUGAGGAAGAGAAGAAGGAUGAGGAGGGGAAAGUUGAGGAAGUUGACGAGGAGAAAGAGAAGGACGAGAAAAAGAAGAAGAAGAUCAAGGAGGUGUCGCAUGAGUGGUCAUUGGUGAACAAGCAGAAACCCAUCUGGAUGAGGAAACCCGAGGAGAUCACGAAGGAGGAAUACGCUGCCUUCUACAAGAGCCUCUCCAACGACUGGGAGGAGCACUUGGCCGUGAAGCAUUUCUCAGUCGAGGGUCAGCUUGAGUUCAAGGCCAUUUUGUUUGUUCCAAAGAGAGCGCCUUUCGAUCUCUUUGACACCAGGAAGAAGCUUAACAACAUCAAGCUCUAUGUCAGACGUGUCUUUAUCAUGGACAACUGUGAGGAUAUCAUCCCUGAGUACCUCAGCUUCGUCAAGGGUAUUGUUGACUCCGAGGAUUUACCUCUCAACAUCUCCCGAGAAAUGCUUCAGCAGAACAAGAUCCUGAAGGUCAUCCGCAAGAACCUUGUCAAGAAAUGCAUCGAGCUCUUCUUCGAAAUUGCCGAGAACAAGGAAGACUAUGACAAAUUCUAUGAGGCAUUCUCUAAGAACCUCAAGCUUGGAAUCCACGAGGAUUCCACCAACCGGGCCAAGAUCGCGGAACUCCUCCGGUACCACUCGACCAAGAGCGGGGAUGAACUGACCAGCCUUAAAGAUUACGUAACCCGGAUGAAGGAAGGCCAGAACGACAUCUACUACAUCACCGGCGAGAGCAAGAAGGCGGUCGAGAACUCCCCCUUCCUCGAGAAACUCAAGAAGAAAGGAUACGAAGUCCUUUACAUGGUGGACGCCAUUGAUGAAUACGCAAUCGGUCAGCUCAAGGAGUUUGAGGGCAAGAAGCUGGUCUCAGCCACAAAGGAGGGUCUCAAGCUAGACGAGACAGAGGACGAGAAGCAGAAGAAAGAGGCACUGAAGGAGAAAUUCGAAGGUCUGUGCAAGGUGAUAAAGGAUGUUCUCGGGGACAAGGUUGAGAAGGUGAUUGUGUCCGACCGUGUUGUGGACUCGCCUUGUUGCCUGGUGACUGGAGAGUAUGGAUGGACGGCCAACAUGGAGAGGAUAAUGAAGGCUCAAGCUCUGAGAGACAGCAGCAUGGCGGGUUACAUGUCGAGCAAGAAGACGAUGGAGAUCAAUCCCGAGAACCCCAUCAUGGACGAGCUCAGGAAGAGAGCGGAUGCCGACAAGAACGACAAGUCGGUGAAAGAUCUCGUCCUGCUCCUGUUCGAGACCGCCCUCCUGACAUCUGGGUUCAGUCUGGACGACCCGAACACGUUUGGGAACAGGAUACAUAGGAUGCUGAAGCUGGGGCUGAGCAUUGACGAGGAUGUUGCCGGGGAAGCUGACUCUGAUAUGCCUCCGCUUGAGGACGACGUGGAUGCUGAGGGCAGCAAGAUGGAGGAAGUCGACUAAACUCUCUUACAGUUAUUUAGACUGUCUUUUUUGUUAUUUAAAAGAAACUUGUUGGUGGAUUUGGUCGGACGAUGGGGUUGCGGAGCGAUUCGGCAUCGUUAUUAAUCAUUGUGUUGCAUCUUAUGAUUUGAGAACCUCUAGUUUUUGUUGC